AUGUCGCCUCCGUCCGUCCUAUUGACACAAUGUCGACGACAACUUUCUCAUAACCAUGGCUUGGCACUUCGAUUUACGAAGCGCACACUUGCAACAGUCGUCGACGCACCAAAAACACACCGUCUCGCAGUCAGCAUCCUUUUGAACCGCUCCCCUAUCCUCACACGAACACCAACCAAAUUCGAGCGUGAAUUCUACAAAUACCAGCAACGUAUCCAGCGCACCUUGCACAACCCAUUCCCACACGAGUUUUACUUCAAGCAAGGCUCCCUACUCGAAGCACAAUUCAACCAGGAUGAAAUCCGGCGGGAAAGGAAAGCGUUCGGCAAGGAUGCGGUGAAGGAUAUGGAGGACAAGUCGUCGCUUCUGAUGAACGUGGAGUCAACAACUGGGGAGGAAGAGGAACAGCCAUUGCCGCGACGAACUGCUGCAGAUGAAAAACGAGACUUAAAAAGCCUAGACAGACACGGUGCACGGAACUUAUAUCUCCUAGUAAAGGGCCUACCAGGCGAUAAGUACCAGUGGCGAUUUCCAAAGGGCCACGUAGAAACAGGCGAGCUUUUACACGAGGCUGCAAAGAGGGAUUUGCAUGCUGAGUGUGGUCCCCACAUGAAUACUUGGAUUGUCGGACGGAAACCAAUAGGUCUGUUUGAAUAUCAAUAUCAAUCAAAUGCAGACCCACAAUUCUCCUGCGAAAAAAUUUUCUUUUAUAAGGCGCACAUCUUUGCAGGACAGGCGCGACCUGUAGAUAAGAAAAUCGCUGACUUCGCUUGGCUUACGAAGGAGGAGAUUGAGUCGUAUGUCGACAAGGAGUAUUGGUUAGGGACGAAAGACAUGUUAUCCGACGUUUAG